AGGGGCACAGAAAGAGAAUGAUCGUUCAUUAUUGCUUGUGUAUAUAACAUUGAUUGCUUGUGUAUGUGACAUUGAAUGUUUCUUGAUAAAAAAUAAAUUUGAUUGUUUGUCGAUGUGACAUGGAGUUCUUGAUGACAUAACACUGACUGGUUGUCUAGCAUUGUGUUGCCACCUACACCACGAAGGUGAUGGGAGAUGUGGUCAAGGGGGAUGGUUUAGACAACGACUGUGACGGUCUCAUUGACGAGGAAAUCAAAGAUCUCCAAGGUAGGUGGCUUUCAUCAUCACUUAGUCCAUGAGAGCUUAGUUAACAUGGCUUUCAUCAUCACUUGGUCCAUGAGAGUUUAGUUAACAUGGCUUUCAUCAUCACUUCGUCCAUGAGAGCUUAGUUAACAUGGCUUUCAUCAUCACUUGGUCCAUGAGAGCUUAGUUAACAUGGCUUUCAGCAUCACUUGGUCCAUGAGAGCUUAGUUAACAUGGCUUUCCUCAUCACUUGGUCCAUGAGAGCUUAGUUAACAUGGCUUUCAUCAUCACUUCGUCCAUGAGAGCUUAGUUAACAUGGCUUUCAUCAUCACUUCGUCCAUGAGAGCUUAGUUAACGUGGCUUUCAUCAUCACUUCGUCCAUGAGAGCUUAGUUACAAUGGCUUUCAUCAUCACUUCGUCCAUGAGAGCUUAGUUAACAUGGCUUUCAUCAUCACUUCGUCCAUGAGAGCUUAGUUAACUUGGCUUUCAUCAUCACUUCGUCCAUGAGAGCUUAGUUAACAUGGCUUUCAUCAUCACUUCGUCCAUGAGAGCUUAGUUAACAUGGCUUUCAUCAUCACUUCGUCCAUGAGAGCUUAGUUAACAUGGCUUUCAUCAUCACUUGGUCCAUGAGAGCUUAGUUAACAUGGCUUUCAUCAUCACUUCGUCCAUGAGAGCUUAGUUAACAUGGCUUUCAUCAUCACUUCGUCCAUGAGAGCUUAGUUAACAUGGCUUUCAUCAUCACUUCGUCCAUGAGAGCUUAGUUAACAUGGCUUUCAUCAUCACCUGGUCCAUGAGAGCUUAGUUAACAUGGCUGUCAUCAUCACCUGGUCCAUGAGAGCUUAGUUAACAUGGCUUUCAUCAUCACCUGGUCCAUGAGAGCUUAGUUAACAUGGCUUUCAUUACCACCUGGUCCACCAUGAGAGCUUAUUUAACAUACAGUGUUUUGAGGGGGGCUUAAUUAAUAUAUUUUUUAAUUGGAAAAUUAUCAAAAUAUUUGGUUGUUGUAGCUUAGUUAAUAUUGUCAUUAUUAGUGACUAAGUCAGCGUAGGUGUUAUUUCGGGCUUAGUCAAUAUAUGUGACUUUUGGGCAUCGUCUUUAUGUAUGGUAUUUGAUGUUUAUUUAAUAAUCAUGCAUUUUGGGAUUAGCGAUAAUUGGUUGUGUUUGGAGAUUAGCGAAAAUAGGUGGUAUUUGGGACCUAGUCCACCUAUGUGUCCUUCGGAGCUUAGUCAAUAUAGGUGUUAUUUGGGACUUAGUCAAACUAUGUGGCCUUUGGAGCUUAGUCAAUAUAUUUUUUAAAUGUACAAUCUGUUGAGACCAGUAUAGUCCAAUCUUAUUGAGACCAGUAUAGUCCAAUCUAAUUGAGACAAGUAUAGUCCAAUCUUUUUGAGACAAGUAUUGUCCAAUCUUGUACCUAUCUGUUGAAUCAAGACUAACUUAAUCACACAUUAAUUGAAUACCUGCCAGAUAACGACAUGGAUGGACACAUUGAUGAAGACCUAUCUCCACCAAUCAGAGGUGAAGUUGAUCAGCUGAAAUUAUUUUAUUACAUUCUAAUGUUUUGUAAUCAUCAACCUAAUCAUAAUUCUCUAGGUGUGUAUGUUGUAAUCAUCAACCUAAUCAUAAUUCUCUAGGUGUGUAUGUUGUAAUCAUCAACCUAAUCAUAGUUCUCUAGGUGUGUAGUUUUAAUCAUCAACCUAAUCAUAAUUCUCUAGGUGUGUAUGUUGUAAUCAUCAACCUAAUCAUAGUUCUCUAGGUGUGUAUGUUGUAAUCAUCAACCUAAUCAUAGUUCUCUAGGUGUGUAGUUUUAAUCAUCAACCUAAUCAUAGUUCUCUAGGUGUGUAUGUUGUAAUCAUCAACCUAAUCAUAAUUCUCUAGGUAUUUAUGUAUGUAUUAAUGUGUGUGUAUUUAUGUGUGAGUGUGUGUAAUGAUUGUACGCUAUGUUCAAAAUGUACACAAGAGGAAAUUUCAAGAUUUUAUAAUUAAAAUGGGAUUCAUCUGGAGUGCAUUACUAGAAAGCAUGUUUUGUUAAGUAACUUCAGUAGAUGGGAAGUUCACGCAAGGCAAGCACUAUUGAUUAAAGGGUUAUUUCUAGUAAUUAACAUACUGAUGACAUUUUCAGGCAAAAUUGAGAAAAUCUAACUCCUAAUGCUGUAAGGAUAGAUUCACGAGUGAUUUCGGUGAUCUAAGAUGUUAAAUGUUAAUGCUAAGUAUCUGUCACUUCUCCACAAUUAGAAGAUGAACUCCAUUUUUACACAUAAUACACUUGACUUGUAGUUAACAUGAAAUAUAAUAUGUAAACCUAAGAUUGAAAGUUAUAACUUCACAGCAUUAAUAUAUCAUAAUAUGCGGCUCUACAUUUUAAAUAACUUCUUAGACAUUCGUAAUUUACGUCUACACCCUUCAAGACGUCUGCUGAAUCCUGACACUAUACCGUUUAAGAUACCUGUUAAACUCUGUUAUUACAACCUUCAAGAUGUCUGCUCAACUCUGUCACUUUACACUUUAAGAUGUCUGAUCAACUCUGCCACUUCACACUUUAAGAUGUCUGAUCAACUCUGUCACUUCACACUUCAAGAUGUCUGAUCAACUCUGUCACUUCACACUUUAAGAUGUCUGAUCAACUCUAUCACUACAGCCGUCAAGAUCAGAUCAACUCUGUCACUUCACACUUUAAGAUGGUCUGAUCAACUCUGUCACUUCACACUUUAAGAUGUCUGAUCAACUCUGCCACUUCACACUUUAAGAUGUCUGAUCAACUCUGUCACUUCACACUUCAAGAUGUCUGAUCAACUCUGUCACUUCACACUUUAAGAUGUCUGAUCAACUCUAUCACUACAGCCGUCAAGAUCAGAUCAACUCUGUCACUUCACACUUUAAGAUGGUCUGAUCAACUCUGUCACUUCACACUUUAAGAUGUCUGAUCAACUCUGUCACUACACACUUUAAGAUGUCUGAUCAACUCUGUCACUUCACACUUUAAGAUGGUCUGAUCACCUCUGUCACUACACACUUCAAGAUGUGUCAUCAACUCUGUCACUACACACUUCAAGAUGUCUGAUCAACUCUGUCACUUCACACUUUAAGAUGUCUGAUCAACUCUGUCACUACACACUUCAAGAUGUCUGAUCAACUCUGUCACUUCAGACUUUAAGAUUUAUGAUCAACUCUGUCACUUCACACUUGAAGAUGUCUGAUCAACUCUGUUACUUUACACUUUAAGAUAUCUGAUCAACUCUGUCAAUUCACACUUUAAAAUGUCUGAUCAACUCUGUGACUUCACACUUCAAGAUGUCUGAUCAACUCUGUCACUACACACUUCAAGAUGUCUGAUCAACUCUGUCACUUCAGAUUUUAAGAUGUCUGAUCAACUCUGUCACUUCACACUUCAAGAUGUCUGAUCAACUCUGUCACUUCACACUUCAAGAUGUCUGAUCAACUCUGUCACUUCACACUUCAAGAUAUCUGAUCAACUCUGUCACUACAUACUUCAAUACUAUGAGUGUCUUGUGUAAAAACCAUGAGUGUCGUUAGCAGGAGUAUGCAAAUGUUACAUACUCAUAUCAGAAAUAAAUGUUCAAAUAUAAAAUGGACAGAAUUUUUAUUCUCCAAUAAAUGAUAUUCAAAAUCUGUUAUAUAUUAUCAAUGGAAGACAUCAAGUCUCAACACCCUCUCCAUUAGGACAGCGUCCUCCUUGUGUCAAUAUCAUCUACAUGAGGACAGCGUGCUCCUUGUGUCAAUACCAUCUACAUGAGGACAGCGUCCUCCUUGUGUCAAUACCAACUACAUGAGGACAGCGAUCUGAUUACAUUUUACGAGGAAAGUUCAUAGACUUUACAACCAAUUCAAUACCAUGUGUUUCUGUUUGUCAACAUACACUCAAACGUAAACUUCAAGAGAUGUAGUUUCAUUUUUUUUAAAAUAGGUGAAUGGGGCGAAUGGCAAAGCUGGACAUGUCUUCAGAACUGCAAGGGCUCAACGGCUACACGACACAGGUAAAUACAAUGUUGUGAUCUAUCAGGGCUCAACGGCUACACGACACAGGUAAAUACAAUGUUGUGAUCUAUCAGGGCUCAACGGCUACACGACACAGGUAAAUACAAUGUUGUGAUCUAUCAGGGCUCAACGGCUACACCACACAGGUGAAUACAAUGUUGUCAUCUAUCUUUUCACUGGUAAAUUUAAUUUUGGAAUACACCAUAGGCUCAACGGCGACACGGCACAGGUAUGUACAAUGUUGGAAUAUAUUAGGGCUUAAAUGCAAAAUGGCACUAGAAAUUUUAAUGUUGGAACAUGUCAGGGCUCAACUGCAACGCGGCACAGGCAAAUUCCAGAAUAUUGGAACCUCGACAAAACAUGGUAUGAACGUCAUGCUUUCAUUCUAUUUUUGAGCCUUUGUGCCGCCCCUCCAAUCGCAAUGGACUUAAUUGUCCUUUUCCCAUCACCGACCCCCCCCCCCCUUUUGUCUGUAUUUAAUCUCUCCCCUACUUAUUUCACAAUUCUUUAGCUUCCCUUUCGGAUAUUACUUUUCAGCUAACUUCUAAUUUUUUAAUCUCUCCCCUACUUAUUUCACAAUUCUUUAGCUUCCCUUUCGGAUAUUACUUUUCAGCUAACUUCUAAUUUUUAAUUAAUUUUUUUUUUUGCUGACACGCUCGGUUUUUUUUUUUCGUUCGUAUUUUUGGUUUUCACAUGCUUAGAUUGUCUAAUUUCCUUAUUAGCUAACCUGAUUGCAGUCUUCCCGCCACCCCCCCUUCCCUUAUUAUCAUUGUAUUACAACAUGGAUUUCAAUGAUCAGAUGUUAUCUCAUUGUAUUACAACAUGUAUUUCAAUGACCAUAUGUCAUUUCAUUGUAAUCCAAAGGUAUUUCAAUGUCAGAUGUUAUCUCAUUUUAUUACAACAUGUAUUUCAAUGCUCGUAUGUCAUUUCAUUGUAAUCCAAAGGUAUUUCAAUGCUCAGAUGUCAUCUCAUUGUUUUAUACUAGGUAUUGCAAUGAUCCGAUACCAGAAGCCAAAGGAAUGUAUUGUCAAGGCAACAGCAAAGAGUCACGCAGAAAUUACUGCAACACUGGCUUAGCGUGCCCAGAAGGUAGUUCUUUGGCUUAUCCUUCAGUUAAUUGUCGGGUGUGUACAAAAGGUAAUUGCUAGCCAUGCCCCAAAGGUAAUGGGGAGACAUACCCUAAAGGUAAUAAUUGGCCGUGCCCUAAAGGUAAUGAAUGGUCGUGUCCUGGACGUAAUAUUUAGGCGUAUCCUUAAGUUUAUGGCUGAGUCGCCCUGAAGGUAAUGCACGUCGGCUAUAGUAUAAAGAAAAGCAAAGGCGGAGCGAUGUCUUUAUCAACGGAAACUUUGCUCUAAGACAUUAUUUAGUAGCCUCAUAAUAGUCUAUACUACUCUGUGCCGACUUACUUCUGUGUGACGUCAUCGUCAGUAAACGUACAUGCGUAUGUGUAAAGUCAUUGUCAGCAGUCGUACCUACUUCUAUGUCGCGUCAUUGUCAGCUAUUUUAAGUGCAAAAGUAUACAUUGUUUGACCAUGAAAUAUUCCCUUUGCACGCAUCCUUACAUUUGCCAGAUUGUCCUGAGAAGACCUUUGGACUAGGCUGCCAGAUGAGCUGUGAGAACUGUCGGACGGACUGCAGCAAAAUCCAAGGCACGUGCCUAGAGUGUGAGCCUGGGUUUCGAAUGCCACACAACUUCUGCAUGACUGGUAUGUUAUAUCAUUUCCCUAUAAUCCAUAAUCAGAGGUAUGUUAUAUCAUUUCCUUAUAAUCCAUAAUCACUGGUAUGUUAUAUCAUUUCCCUAUAAUCCAUAAUCACUGGAAUGUUAAAUAACGGUCUGAUAAUCUCUUCAACACUUGCAUAUUCAAUCAAUAUUUGAGAACCGCUGCAGUACAGGUAGAUAAUAUACAUAUCUGAAAAUCCUCUGCACAUGCAGCCCUGGCAUAUUAAAAUAGUGGAACAAGUUUUGUGACAGCUUGAAAUAAAACGACAGGACAGUAAGAAAACAACAAUGUAUUUGGUAACCUUGAGUUCUAAGUGUCCCGAAAAUGACAUCACAUUGACUAUAAUGUUUUAAAUGGCAUCACAUUGACUAUAAUGUUUUAAAUGGCAUCACAUUGACUAUAAUGUUUUAAAUGGCAUCACAUUGACUAUAAUGUUUUAAAUGGCAUCACAUUGACUAUAAUGUUUUAAGUGGCAUCACAUUGACUAUAAUGUUUUAAAUGGUAUCUCAUUGACUAUAAUGUUUUAAAUAGCAUCACAUUGAAUAUAAUGUUUUAAAUGGCAUCACAUUGACUAUAAUGUGUUAAAGGGCAUCACAUUGACUAUAAUGUGUUAAAGGGCAUCUCAUUGACUAUAAUGUGUUAAAUGGCAUCUCAUUGACUAUAAUGUGUUAAAGGGCAUCUCAUUAACUAUAAUGUGUUAAAGGGCAUCUCAUUGACUAUAAUGUGUUAAAGGGCAUCUCAUUGACUAUAAUGUGUUAAAUGGCAUCAAAUUGACUGUAAUGUGUUAAAUGACAUCAAAUUGACUGUAACGUGUUAAAUUGCAUCAGAUUGACUGUAAUGUGUUAAAUGGCAUCAGAUUGACUGUAAUGUGUUAAAUGGCAUCAAAGUGACUCUAAUGUGUUAAAUGGCAUCAGAUUGACUCUAAUGUGUUAAAUGGCAUCAGAUUUACUGCAAUGUGUUAAAUGGCAUCAAAUUGACUAUACUGUGUUCAAUGGCAUCAGAUUGACUCUAAUGUGUUAAGGAAGAGAAAAAGAAAAAAAGAAGAUGAAUGCUGGCAAUUUGAUGAAGAAUGGAGUUUGAAAUACGCUUCAUCAAAUUCCGGUGAGAGAGCAAGGAAACCACGGCUACGAUACAAGAAUAACUACCUGCGUCGUCAUCAUCAAAGCAAACAUCAGCGUCGUCAUCAUCAAAGCAAACAUCAGCGCCGUCAUCAUCAAAGCAAACAUCAGCGUCGUCAUCAUCAAAGCAAACAUCAGCGUCGUCAUCAUCAAAGCAAACAUCAGCGUCGUCAUCAUCAAAGCAAACAUCAGCGUCGUCAUCAUCAAAGCAAACAUCAGCGUCGUCAUCAUCAAAGCAAACAUCAGCGUCGUCAUCAUCAAAGCAAACAUCAGCGUCGUCAUCAUCAAAGCAAACAUCAGCGUCGUCAUCAUCAAAGCAAACAUCAGCAUCGUCAUCAUCAAAGCAAACAUCAGCGUCGUCAUCAUCAAAGCAAACAUCAGCGUCGUCAUCAUCAAAGCAAACAUCAGCGUCGUCAUCAUCAAAGCAAACAUCAGCGUCGUCAUCAUCAAAGCAAACAUCAGCGCCGUCAUCAUCAAAGCAAACAUCAGCGUCGUCAUCAUCAAAGCAAACAUCAGGAGAAAUAUGCACAGUUAAAGCGUCAAGUCGGUGCCGAAAAUUUUUCUAAAUUACAAAAUCAACUCACAUCUCAGAGGACAGUGUUCAGUAAAUCCUAAAAUGAAAAUGAAUCCUUAACUAAGGCCAGGUAUAAAGUUGUCUACGUCCUGGCUAGAAGUGGCUAACCGUUUACAGAUGGUGAAGUAGUGAAGGAAUGUUUGUUGGUGGUGGCUGAGGAUCUUUGCCCAGAAAAGUCAAAAGAAUUUAAAAUGUAGCUUUGGGAGCAAAAAAUCUUGCCCGCCAUGUUGCAGACAUGGGUGAAAACAUUGUGACACAAAUAGCGAAAAAUGCAAGCAAGUUUCGCCAUUUUUCAAUUGCAAUGGAUGAAUCGCUGGACAGCUUUUCCGCCUCUCAACAGGAUGAAGACUUGAACAUAGCACAAGAGCUGGCUUCCCAACAUAGCAUGUACGACAUUGUUACCGGAGAGGAUAUAUUCAAUGAUUUGUAAAAAAACAUUUGCUGAAUAUAAAUUAUGACUGGAGUAACAUCAGUUAUCUGACUGUUGAUGGAGAAAAGAACAUUAUUGGCAAAAACAAAGGCUUGGUUGGACAAGUGAAGCGGAUGUGUAAUGAGAAAAACAUUCUACAACGUUUGUUCCUGCACUGUAUUAUUCACCAGCAAGCUUUGUGUGCUAAAUAUGUGUACAUUUGCAGUGUACUAAAUCCUGUGGUGAAGAGGGUGAAUUUAAUAAGGUCCCGUGGGCUCAAUCACAGACAGUUCAGAGACAUGUUGAAAAAUACAGACAUAGAAAUUCAAGAUUUAUCAUCACACACCAAUAAGAUGGCUAAGUUGUGAGAAAGUUCUGAGCAGAGUAUUUAAGUUAAGAAAGGAAAUAGGUGACUUCCUGGAAAGUAAAGGCAAGGCAUAUCCAUUACUGUCUCAUGACAGUUUAUUUCUCAAACACCUUCUGGGAUGAUUGUCUACCAUAUUUUCCAUUUAAUGCAUAUUAGCUGUGUUGCUCAAGGUUGAAAUGGGUUGAAAGACUUUGAUAUAGUAUGCUUGUAAUUAUUUUUUGUAGUGUUGCGUUUGCUUUAAAUGUGGUAAAUUAUAGAUCUGUUUUUUGUUGACUUUGUACCGCGCUUCGAGCCUUAUGGGAUGAAGCGUAUUUUUGAAAUGAACUUUAUUAUUAUUAUUAUUAUGAAGAGUGGGUAUAGAAAUUGGCCUUUCCUGCAGACAUAACUAGUCAUUUAAAUUUUCUAAACCUAAAACUACAAGGAGAGGAACAUCUUGUGUCUGAUCUAUAAACCCACCUAAAAGCCUUCAGAACCAAACUCGUCUUCUUUUUGGAAUAAGCGCAGGCCAACAACUUGACACACUUUCAUCAGUUCAAGGUCUUCAUGGCUGAAGCAACAGCUGACUUCCCCACGUCAUUUGCAUGCGAGAUCAUCAAAGACAUCCAGCUGCAAUUGCAGCAGAGGUUUUCUGACUUGGAUUCAAAGGCAGAAGAAGUGAGACUGUUUCAAACCCAUUUGAAGCAGAUGUGGCCAGUUGCCAUGAUGAACUGCAGCUGGAGAUCAUUGAGUUGCAAGCAAAUGACCUUCUUAGGACUAAGUUAAAAAAAGGACUUUUGUGUUUUUACCAGUUUUUGCCCAAAGAAGACUUUCCUAAUUGCAAAACGUUUGCAUCAAGAUACUUUUUAAUCUUUAGAACAACACACCUGUGUGAACCACAUACCUGUGUGAACCACAUACCUGUGUGAACAACACACCUGUGUGAACAAACAUAUUCAAGAAUGAACUACGUAAAGAACAAUUUGAGAACAAACAUGUCCGAUGAUAAUUCAUGUCGCUAUUGAUCUUAGGGAAAUCAAAACUAAAGCCAGAAAUGUCUGCUAUUUCGGUAUUUAGGAAACAAUUUCACCAUUCCCACUAAUACUGGUUCAUAACUUCAUAUAACUUCAUAUGUUCAUAACUGAAUAAAAUAAUAAUAAAUAUAUAAUUAAAAACAACAUCCAGGCUUUGAUUCUUUUUUUUUUUUUGGACCUUGAGUGUGUAGUCGGCAUAGAACUGCUGUUUGAUAGUUAGUGCGGCCCUCGGGCUGAAACAAUUGGUGACACCUGCUCUAGUCGAAAAUCUUCCAGUAUUUUGUGCACAUUUGUCGACGGUGCUCUACAGUAGCCUUUGAAAUCAAGUAGCAUUUGACAUCAAGUAGCAUUUGUCAAGAAAUAGGCUUUUCUUUCAAGUAGCCUUGACAUUAAGUAGCCUUUAACAUCAAGUAGUCUUUGACAUUAAGUAGCCUUUGAUAUGCUUAAGGCUUUCUUUCAAGGAGCCUAUGUCAGCAAGUAGCCUUUGACAUUAAAUAACAUUUGACACAUCAAGUAGCCUUUGUCAGCAGCAGUACAAACAAAGAGUAUAAUAUUAAAAAAAUAGCUUAAUUUGUGCACUAAGUUUAUUUUUAUUAACCUCCUGUCUGAUCUUUAGAAUGUCCAACUGGGACUUACGGCUUACACUGUGCAGGGAAUUGCAUGUUCAAAUGUGGAGAAGAUUGCUAUGAGAGGAUACAAGGGAAUUGCUUUGAACACUCAGAAACGGAAUAUGACAAGGAAUUUUCAGGUAAGAUAUUAGACAUUGGACAAAAACAAGAUGACCAGAGACAAGUGAUAUCUGGCACUUUUAUCUGGAUGAGAUAUCUUUAGACAAGCUGACCAGAGACAUGUGAUCUCUGGUACUUUUACACGGAUGAGGUAUCUUUAGACAAGGUGACCAGAGACAAAUGAUCUCUGACGAUUUGAUCUGUGGUGAUGUGAUAGAAGACAAAAUGGCAAAAUUCGUUCGACCAGCACUUUCCUCCCAUAUUGAGUCAAGAAUGCCUCAACCUCCUUUCUCUCUCCAACCCUGUAUUGGCAAGGGCUAAAGCCACUCACCAGCGCAGUCAAAAGGGCAAGGCUGAAGAUGCACACCUUCUUCCAUCUGACACCCAAGCUACGAUCUUCAAUUAACCACCAACCAGUCACAUCCAAUUCACACCAAUCAGCUCCAAUACACACCAAUUUCCCCCAAUAACCUCCAUAAACCAUUAUUUUCUGGCACUAAACUAAUUCCCCCCUCCAACUUAUCAACAAAUCUUGGCCAUCCACAAACUAAUCUCAAAAUUCCGAACAUUAGCAACCCCAUUCUCCAACAGUUACUUGCCCACCAUCUUGUCUCUCUCUCUCCAUCGCUGGCCCUAGUCUUGAGCAAAUUUCUCAUUGAAGUCUACAUUCGAUUAAAACUUGGCAACAAACAUUCAAAAUUCUAUUUAUAUUUUAAAUUUAAUAAUGCAAAAUUAAUAAAGUGAAAAUUUGAUUGAAACUGAGAAAAAGAAACUUAACAUAUUUAAAAACUUAAUUCAUCAUCAUUUUCGCCUUUUGAAAAUUUAAUAUGUUUUAAGAUUUUACUCCUGGAAUGAACGGUAUAAAUCAAACUAUUUAAUACCACUCUAAAACAAAAUGAAAUAACAUACUGAAGAUAUUAAUAAAUAUUCAAUGUAAUAAUUUUAUUAAGAUGCAGACAAAUAAAACAAUGUCAACUCACAACACAACAAAUUCAGCGGUACGAUCUCGAUAAAUACAAAUAUUAAUUUGAACACACACCUAAAGUGUACUCACAACUAAAUUUUAAUAGUACACACACACGUAAAGUGUACACAGACAUAAAGUGUACAUGCACAUCUUAAGUGCACACACAAACCUAAAGUGUACAUUUACAGCUAAGUGUACAUACACACCUAAGUGCACAAUCACACCUUAAGUGUACAUACACACCUGAAGUUUACACACACACCUAAAGUGUAAACACAAACCUUAAGUGUACAUUUACAGCUAAGUGUAUACACACCUAAGUGCACAACCACACCUUAAGUGUACAUACACACCUGAAGUUUACACACAUACCUAAAGUGUAUACACACCUAAAGUGUAAAUACACAACUAAAGUGUACAUACAUAUAAAGUGUACACACAACUAAAGUUUACUUACAUACCUAAAGUGUACACACUACUAAAGUGUACACACACAUCUAAAGUGUACACACACUUAAGCGUACACACACAUCUAAAAUGUACAUACACGCCUAAAGUGUAUACACACCUAAAGUGUAUUUUACACCUCAAAUGUGCACACACCUAAAGUGCACACACACACAUAAAGUGUACACACACACCUCAAGUGUACACACGCAUCUGAAGUUUACACACAAACCUAAAAUGUACACACACACACCUAAAGUGUGCACACACACCUAAAGUGUAUAUACACCUAAAGUGUUCACACACCUAAAGUGUGCACACACACCUAAAGGGUACACACAACUAAAGUGUAAAUAUACACCUAAAGUGUGCGCAUACACCUAAAGUAUACACACACGUAAAGUUUACACACACACAUAAAGCGUACACACACCUAAAGUGUAAAUAUACACCUAAAGUGUACACACACACCUAAAGUGUACAAACACACCCAAAAUGUACACACACUUAAAGUGUACACACAACUAAAGUUUACUUACAUACCCAAUGUGUACACACACCUAAAGUGUACACACAUAUCUAAAGUGUACAGACACCUAAAGUGUAAUAAACACCUAAAUGUACACACACCUAAAGUGCACACACCUAAAGUGUACACACACACCUUAAGUGUACACAUAAACCUAAAGUGUACACACACACCUAAAGUGUGCACACACACCUAAAGUGUACACACACAUCUAAAUUGUACACACAUCUAAAGUGUAAUAUACACCUAAAGUGUACACACACAUCUAAAGUGUGCACACACACCUAAUGUUAACACACACACACACACAUAUAAUGUGCACACCAACCUAAAGUGUAUACACAUAAAUAAAGAGUACACACACUUAAAAUUUACACACACCUAAAGUGUAAUAUACACGUAAAGUGUACACACACACACACCUAAAUUGUACACACACACACCUAAUGUGUUCACAUCUAAAGUGUACACACACUUAAAGUUUACACACAAUUCAAGUGUAAUAUACACCUAAAGUGUACACACACACCUAUAGUGUACAAACACACACCUAAAGUGUACAAACACACACACCUAAAGUGUGCACACACACCUAAAGCGUACACACAGACCUAUAAGUUCACACACACCUAAAGUGUGCACAUACACCUAAAGUAUACACACAUCUAAAGUGUACACACACCUAAAGUGUACACACACCUAAAGUGUAAAUACACAACUAAAAUGUACACACACACCUAAAGUGUGCAAACACAACUUAAGUGUACACACACAUAAAGUGUACACACAACUAAAGUUUACUUACUUACCUAAAGUGUACACACACCUAAAAUGUACACACACAUCUAACGCUUACACACACUUAAGCGUACACACAUCUAAAAUGUACAUAGACGCCUAAAGUGUAUACACACCUAAAGUGUAAUAUACACCUAAAUAGUGCACACACCUAAAGUGCAAACAUACACCUAAAGUGUACAACCACACCUAAAACGUACACACACAUCUGAAGUGUACACACAAACCUAAAGUGUACACACACACCUAAAGUAUGCCCACACACCUAAAGUGUAUAUACACCUAAAGUGUAAAUAUACACCUAAAGUGUACACACACACCUAAAGUGUACAAACACACCUAAAGUGUACACACUUAUAAAGUGUACACGCAACUAAAGUUUAUUUACAUGCCUAAUGUGUACACACAUCUAAAGUCUACACACACACCUAAAGUGUACACACACCUAUAGUGUAAUAUACACCUAAAAUGUACACACACCUAAAGUGCACCCACACACACCUAAAGUGUACACACACACCUUAAGUGUACACACACACCUAAAGUGUGCGCAUACACCUAAAAUGUACACACACCUAAAGUGCAAACAUACACCUAAAGUGUACAACCACACAUAAAAUGUACACACACAUCUGAAGAGUACACACAAACCUUAAGUGUAUCAACACACCUAAAGUGUACACACACACCUAAACUGUACACACAUCUAAAGUGUACACACAAACCUAAAGUGUACACACAAACCUAAAGUGUACACACACACACCUAAAGUUGCACACACACCUAAAGUGUAUAUACACCUAAAGUGUUCACACACACACCUAAAGUGUGCACACACAAAUAAAGUGUACACACAGACCUAUAAAGUACACACACACCUAAAGUGUGCACAUACACCUAAGGUAUACACACACGUAAAGUGUACACACACACAUAAAGCGUAAACACACCUAAAGUGUACAAACACCUAAAGUGUAAAUACACACCUAAAGUGUACACACACACCUAAAGUGUGCACACUCACCUAAAGUGUACACACAUAUAAAUUGUACACACACCUAAAGUGUACACACACCUAAUCGUACACACACACACCUAAAAUGUACAUACACGUCUAAAGUGUACACACACCUAAAGUGUAAUAUACAACCUAAAAUGUACACACACCUAAAGUGCACACACACACCUAAAGUGUACACACACACCUUAAGUGUACACACACAUCUGAAGUGUACACACACACCUAAAGUGUACACACACACCUAAAGUGUGCACAUCUAAAGUGUUAUAUAUACCUAAAGUGUACACACACACCUAAAGUGUUUAUACACAACUUAUGUGUACACACAAACACCUAUAUUGUGCACACCCACCUAAAGUGUACACACAUACCUAAAGUGUACACACACACUCAAAGUUUACACACACCUAAAGUGUAAUAUACAUCUAAAGUGUACACACACACACCUACAGUGUACACACACACCUAAAGUGUACACAAACACACUUCAUGUGUACACACCUAAAGUGUACACACACUUAAAGUUUAUACACACCUAAAGUGUAAUAUACACCUAAAGUGUACACACACACCUAUAGUGUACACACACACACCUAAAGUGUACUCACACACCUAAAGUGUACACACAAACACCUAAAGUGUAUACACACACCUAAAGUGUACACACACACCUAAAGUGUACACACACACACCUAAAGUGUACACACACACCGAAAGAGGGCAAUCUAGCAAUUAUAAAACGUCGUCUUUAUGUUUAGAAAACCUAGCGAAAGUCUAUCUCUGCCGGCCUGUAGAUAGAUAUAUUGACCGGCAGUAAAAUCUAAAUAUACAUAUAUGGAAUAACUCAGACCAAUCUCGUAAAUAAAUUAUAGAAAUGACGACAGCUGAUAGCAUCCUUUAGAGCAAAUAGAAGGUAUUUGAAAGUACUCAACGUUUUCCCAAUCAAGGGAGUGCGGGUAAAAAGGGAUGGCGCUGCACUACAUUUUAGUCUUGAAAACUUCAGCUUUGCGUGGAAGUGAAAUGAGGUCAGCACACGGGCUAUACUAUAACACCUAUUAAAGACAGAACAAUGCACACAUUCUAUUGUAUCCAUUUUAGCUUGCAGCUCUAGUGAACUGAACAUUACAUACAUAAUAAUGAACAAAAGUCAAGUGAUUGUAAACAAAUCAAGUGUCACUGAUUGAAAGGCAAUUUUCUAUAAACUUAUUUUGUUUAGUUUUUUUCAUUUCUUUCUCUCUACAGUCCGUGAUUUCACCCAAUUUUUCCCAUUGAUUGUAUCCAUCAUGCCUUUGGCUGUGCUGUUUGCUGUCUACAGGUAAGAAAGAUUGUGAUUUUUGUUUACACGUAAGGUUUUAUUUUGUGUCGACAAGUAAGGGAUAGUGUUGUGUGACGUCUACAGGUAAGGGAGAUUGUUGUUUGACGUCUUCAGCUACGGGAGAUUAUUGUUUGACGUCUUCAGCUACGGGAGAUUGUUGUUUAACGUCUUCAGCUACGGGAGAUUAUUGUUUGACGUCUUCAGCUACGGGAGAUUAUUGUUUGACGUCUUCAGCUACGGGAUAUUAUUGUUUGACGUCUUCAGCUACGGGAGAUUAUUGUUUGACGUCUUCAGCUACCGGAGAUUGUUGUUUGACGUCUUCAGCUACGGGAGAUUGUUGUUUGACGUCUUCAGCUACGGGAGAUUAUUGUUUGACGUCUUCAGCUAUGGGAGAUUAUUGUUUGACGUCUUCAGCUACGGGAGAUUAUUGUUUGACGUCUUAAGCUACGGGAGAUUAUUGUUUGACGUCUUCAUUUACGGGAGAUUAUUGUUUGAACUCUACAUUUUAGGGAGUCUAUUUUUUACAGCUUACUCGUAGGGAACAAUCACUUUUUAUAUUUUACAAUUGACUUGUUUCCAGGAGGGCAGAGCGAGAACGAAGAGUUAGGUUAAAGUCUGUGGCCUACCUUGAGUACAGGCGUAGAACACGGAGAAACACCACGAGCAGAGGGGAAAGGAGACGCUCAAGGAGAUCAACUAGGACUCGGCUUUCAAUGACGCAAGGCACUUCACAUGGGCGCGAAAGAACGUCCUUGAGGGACCCGGUCACCUUUAAGGACACUCCUAAAAGGGAGUCGGUCACAUUUAAGGACACUCCAAAAAGGGAGUCGGUCACAUUUAAGGACACUCCUACCAGAGAUUCGGCCACCUUUAAAGGCACCCCUGUAAGUGAGUCGGCCACCUUUAAGGACACCCCUAAAAGGGAGUCGGUCACAUUUAAGGACACUCCUAAAAGGGAGUCGGUCACAUUUAAGGACACCCCUAAAAGUGAGUCUGUCACCUCUGAAGGCAGCCCUAUACUUGCACCAGUAGCAAUAGUUCGUCAAUCUAUUUCGAUGAAAAAAGUUCAUCUGAAGACGGAUUGUGGAUUAAUGGAUGGCGUGUUAAUGGAUCGCGGAUCAAUGUUGGGAUCAUCGGUUCUAAGGGGGAGUGUCAUUUCCGAUAACAUCACGGAAAGCACACAAAGCAUACAAAGCACAGAUUUGAAGAGUGACAACUCAAGGAAGAAUGACAUCUUGAAGAUGAAUGACACUGAGAUCAAGAAAGAGAAAGUACUGUGGGACCAGGUCACAAAUAAAGAUUUUAAAGUAGCCACAAUAGAUCUCUAUGGAUCAGAUAUCAUUUAGUUUCAGUGCCAAAGAAGGACAUUUUAGUAGCCACAAUAGAGCUCUAUGGAUCGGAUGUUAUAUAGUUUCAGUGCAAUCUAACUGUGGACGGGAUAACAUACAUUUUACUCUAGUAGCUUUUGAUAUUUCGUUUUCCUGUACAUGGACACAAUUAUAAGUACUGCAUAGAAAUAGCAGCUUAUUUGUUGGCCAAAUAAGUAAGUUUCCUUUUCGAUUGUGACGUCAUUAAUUAAGUUUAUAUCCAUUUAUUGUUAUAAAUACAUAAGGCGCACAUUAUUAUUAUUAUUAGUGAUACCGUAUAUCAAGAUAUUCUGUUG